AUGGCUGUUCUUUCACUUCCACUCUCGUUCACCAACUCGUUCUGGACUCAGGACUAUCGCCGCGGUCUUGAGGUCAUAUUCGCCAAACUUCAACAGGGCGUGGUCGAGAACGAGGAGAUCAUUAGCUUUGUGAGGGCGCGUGCUGUAGCUGAAGCCAACCUUGCGGCUGCUCUGUCGCAGAGUGCAUCGCCAGGAUCAAAUGCUACUGGGUUCGCCGCCGACGAUGGUGCUACGCUGCUCAUGGCCUUCCGUGGGCUUCAAGCGGAGACGGAGAAACAAGCCGGCGUCCACAAGAACAUAGCCCACGAACUUGACACCCUUGUCGCCGACCCAUUUGCAGAAUGGGCAAAGGGACAUCGUGACAGGCUGAACUCGGCCCAGAACACUUUGAUCGAAGGACAUAUCCGGGCGUAUGAGGGUUCUGCUGUCGAAGUCGCAAAACUCAAGAACCAGUACAUCAACAAAGUACGCAAGGCGGAUGAAGCCGAGGACGAUGCCAAGUUCGCGCCCGGCAGUGAAGUAGGCAGUGACAAAUACACUACCUCUCCGCGUCUUCGGCCAGUAGACGCGACUACCGAAGAGGGUCGCGCACCGCCACAGCGCGGCUUCAGUGUCUCUGAACGCAUUGCGCAACGUCUGCGUGACAUUCAGAAGAAGACUGCUACGGCCACUGGUGCAGACGACGGAGAGAAAGAAGCUUUAAUUGAGAAGGAGAAGUUGGACAAGGGCAAGGAGCGUGCACACGACGAACACCCCAUUCCGGAUGAGAGUGCAUCGCCACUCCCCAUGUCACCGCUUCUGCCGCCCAAACUGGAAGUCCAGACACCUGGUUCGCCGAUGCCCCCGAUGCCGCCCGCGCCCAUGCUACUCGCUGGUCUAUCUGUACCUCCAUCUGCCGUUUCAGAUCUCUUGCGGCGGGCUCAGUCCGAACUUCCCCUCCGCCCUGUUCGGUUCCCCCUGCUUGGAGAGUAUCCCGACUGCUUUACUGGAGAGGAGUUCGCAACAUGGCUGAGGGAUAACGUCGAUGGGCUGGGCGGUAGCUGGGAUCGGGCUGAAGACGCAGCGAAGGACUUGACUGAGCGCGAGGGUCUUCUCCGUCGUAUCGGGGAGUUCCGUAACUUCUUCGAGCCAUCAGACGAGGCGUUCUACCAAUUCCGUCCCAAGGCGUUCGAGUUGGGCAAACCCGCUGCAGCGCGGCAAUCCACACUGGACAGUGUCGCGUCCCCCUUGAAGAUCACCCAGGGCGCCGACGACCUCUUCAAGCGCUCGAACAAGUUCCUGAAUGUCGUUAGCAAAGCGUUGGCGAACGACAACGAGCCGCGCCAUGUUCGCGCUCGGAUGGAGGCCGAAGCGGCUGAUCGCACAUACCGCAUCGCUAUCCGCAAGCUUGAUCGCCAGAGGCUUGGACUCGAGGAGCGUAUCGAAGAAGCUCUCAAGAACCUGCAAAGGAUGGAAAUGGACCGCCUCCGUGCUGUGAAGACCGUCCUGCUUCAGUUCCACGGCACGCUCUCCAAUCUGCCGAAAGCACUCGAGGGCCCAUUGGAGUUGUCCGGCUCACACAUUGCCGCAUACAUCCCGGAGACCGACCUGAACGCUCUCAUUGAGCGCUACAGGACCGGUCCGUUCCGCCCGGUGCCACAGCUUUACGAAAGUAUCGCGCAUGAUGAGCCGGAUGUUGUGUUUGGCAUAGAUCUCAGGAAGUGGGCCGAUGGUGGCUGGGGUGCUUUGGCCGGGAAUGAAGAGAAGAAGGAACUUGUCCAUCCCGUCUUCGCUGCCCUGUUCACCGCUAUCACGCAGGCAUACGCGAAGCUGCCCAAUGAUGAAGAGAGGCGCAAGGCAUGGAUCUACGAGGUGCCUUUGCGCGCCGUGCAUCAUGCUCGGGAAGCGCUCAAUGGCUCGGAUCUGGACUUGCCUAUCCCGCCAGACUUGUUGACGAAGUACGACGCACCCGUGCUCGCCAGCACUAUCAAGUUAUGGUUGCUCGAGCUGGAUCCACCACUCGCCAUGUGGGAUGGUUGGGAUGACAUUCGCAAGAUAUAUCCUAGUGUGGGCUCGGGUAAGAGCGCGCCAACCGGCGAAGAGCAUCAAGAGGCCUUGCGUGCCGUACUCCAGCGCUUCCCCAAGGUUCACCUCUACGCGUUGGAUGCCCUGAUCUCGCAUAUCCGCACUCUGAUCGAGAACACCAACUCGGAUGAAGAGAACAAGGUCUAUAUCGCGAAGUUGUCUUUGACGCUCGGCCGCACGAUUCUUCGACCCAAGCAUGAGUCCCCGGUUUCUCUCCAGGACCGCCACCCGGCCAUGUUCUUCAUCGAUCUCGUCGACCUCUAUCAGGAUCUCAUCCCUCCGACCAUCGCGAAGAAGAAGAAUGAGACCGAGCGCCGGAUGCCCAUCAGGAAGCGCACCGCUCCCAUCGACCUGCGCAUGAGCCGUAGUAGGAUGUCCGUCGGUACCGAGGCGAGAGAUUGGCUCGCUCAGCAGCGUCUAAGCGGGAAAAUUCCUGCACCGGUUCCGCCUGUACCUAAGAUCGCCACUCCCGUUCCCCCAGCGUCUAAUACGUCUACCACGGACGAAGCCUUCCCUGCGCCUGCAGCUCCAGCGUCUGAACCUGAAUCCAAGCCCGGAUCGGUCAUCUCGCCCAAGUCCGAAGCAGCGGCUAACUCUCCUGCUCCAGAGUCCCCAAGUAGUGUUGCCUCCGCGGCCAAACCGGUUUCCCCACCGGCACAGUCGGACUUCUCUAGCGUACCCCCGCCACCUGCGUUCAAGGAACCAGCACCCGAAGCUGACGAUCAGCUCUCACGCCCCUCAUUCAAAGAACCGCCGCCGGAGGAGGACGACCAGCCGCCCCGCCCUUCAUUCAAGGAACCUCCCCCGGAAGUCGAUGAUCAGCCGCCCCGUCCCCCUGCUUUCCGUGAGCCUGACCUCAGCGAUGUCACCCCGGUCCCGCGCCCGAACUUUGCCGACCCACCUCCCGAGCAUGGGGACGAGCCUGAGAGGGACCCUACGGUGUUCUCGUCCAGGCAGGGAAGCUUAUCGCCGACGCGCUCCGGUAGCCCCCGUUUGACCGUCAAGUCGCCCAUCUCGCCGAGUGGCGAACGCAGUCCUUCACCGCUGCGCAACCCGGACGCGCCAUUGACGUCUGGCAAGGCAUCUGUGUCGCGUACCGGCUCCAACGAAGCUGCUAGGGCCGUUCGUGGCCCUCGGGGUUCGCGUCCUCCUCGUACAGGCGGAGGCGGAAGCGUUAGCCAGAUGGUCUCCAACCUCAACCGUCAGUCGGUGACCGACGCACCGCGUUCGCCACGCCGUCCCAUCUCUGGUAUCUCUGACAACAAGCGCGCCAGCCUGACGGGCUCUCGUGGUUCGCUUGCACGCCGCACGAUGGACAGUGAUGCGGAGGACAACGUUGUCCAGUAG